AUGUGUCUCCUGCUGGGAGCUAGCGGCGUGGGCAAGUCGCUGUUGGUGAAACGACUGCAGAAGCUGAGCUCUCAGGAUGGGAAGGGCGACCUGGGCGACCCGCCCCCGACGCGACCCACGGUGGGCACCAACCUUACCGAUGUCAUGGCCCACAGAAAGAUCACCAUCAGGGAGCUGGGGGGGUGCAUGGGCCCCAUCUGGUCCAGUUACUAUGGAAACUGCCGUUCUCUCCUGUUUAUGAUAGACGCCUCCAACCCCACCCAACUCUCUGCGUCCUGCAUGCAGCUCCUCGGCCUCCUUUCUGCAGAACCACUUGCAGAAGCAUCGGUCCUGAUACUCUUCAAUAAAACUGACCUGCCCUGUUAUAUGACCAUAGAGGAGAUGAAGUCGUUAAUCAGGCUUCCAGACAUCAUUGCCCAUGCCAAACAGAACAUCACCAUGGCAGAAAUCAGUGCCUGGACAGGCACUGGCUUGGCAGGGGUGCUGCACUGGCUCCAGGACACCCACAGAACCGGCAGAUGACUACCAGGUGGAGAACGUGGCUGGACAGCUCUGCUUAGCCUCAGGAGGUUUGUUCUUAGGAAGACAGGUGACGCAGCAUAAACCUACAGAGCGGGCUUCUGUGCUGAGUUGCAGUGAUGGGUAAGCCAAGGUAUGCAGGUUACAGAAACUCCUGCUAGCCAACAUUGGAAUGAAAAGACCAUCCAGGGUGUGGGAGAGCAGACUGGCCUACUGGACCUCUGGUCCUCCUGAGCACCCAGAGAAGCAGGCAGAGUGGGUAGGAAGAGGCUCUGGCGGGGCACGGGUGCUGGUGAGGCCAUGCCAGGCCCUCGGGCCACAGUUCCCCAGUAUCCCACUGUGCCUUCCAUUUCAGGUGAGGGAGCUGGCAGAACACCUGUUGAUUGGUACAUGUGUCUGUGGGGACCCAUAACAAAUUACCACUAACUGGCUUAAAACAACCUGUUUAUGGUCAGUUCUGGAGGCCAGAAGUCUGAAAUCAAGGUGUCACCAGGGUUGGAUCUUCCUUCUGGAGGUUCUGAGGGAGAGUCCAUUCCUUACUUGGCUCUGGCUUCUAGUGGCUGCAGGUUUCUUGGUGUCCUUGGCUCAGGGCUGGCCGAACUGGAAUCUCUGCAUUUUAAUGUGGCCGUCUUUUCCUAUAAGAACACCUGUCAUUGGACAGCCCACCCUAAAUCCAGCAUGAUCUUGUGAUCCAUAAUUACAUCUGCGAAGACCCUUGCUCCAAGUAAGGUCACGUUGGCAUGUCCUGGGGGUUACAAGUUGGAUGUAUCUUUUUUUAAUUUUUUUUUUUAUCCUCAC